AUGAUGGAAGUCGAGAGUUUCUGGAACGAGCGUUACUGGCUUCCACCGGGAGUAACCUGGGCCGACGUCGAGAAAUUCAAAAAUCAAGGUGGAAGUAUCCCACAUCUGAGCGACCUUUGGAUAGUGAUUCCAAUCGCGUUUUCGAUGAUUUUAAUAAGAAGAGUGUUUGAGGAAGCUAUCAGUACACCAAUUGCAAAAAGAGUCGGAAUAAAGAAUAAACGUACAGCGAAGCCUGAAAGCUGCCCUAUUUUGGAAAAAUACUCAAAAAGUCAUAGGCGUCUAGAACGAGGAGACUUACCUGAUCUUUUAUCGAAGUUGGAUAAAGAUUGGAAUGAACGAAGAAUAGAGAGAUGGUUCAGACGGAAGAAAGCUCAGGGUACACGGCCACUGACGGCGAAGUUCGGCGAAACCAUGUGGCGCGGCUUUUUCUAUACGCUUGCCUACUCGUAUGGAACGUAUGUUGUAAUGGCAAACACGUGGUUCUGGGACACACUCGACUGCUGGAGAAACUUUCCUUUGCAGGAUCUAACCUGGGAUGUCAAAUAUUACUACAUUGCGGAACUGGCGUUCUAUCUUUCUCUCUGCUGCACAUUACUCUCCGACACAAUUCGAAAAGACUUCCUCGCGCAGAUCAUCCAUCACGUCGCGACUAUUGCUUUGAUAACUUUUUCGUAUGCAUGCGGAUUUACGAGGAUAGGUGUUUUAGUGAUGUGGCUUCACGACAUAUCCGACAUCUUCCUUGAAAUCGCCAAAUGCUUCGUUUACGCAGAGAGGCAAGCAAUCGCAGAUCACUUCUUCAACAUUUUCGCAGUUGUUUUCUUUAUAAGUCGGAUCAUUUACUUCCCUUUCGUUGUGCUUCACACGACAUGGAUCAAGUCAAUGUGGCUCUUCGAGCCUUUCUUUGGGUACUACUUUUUCAACUUCCUGCUCAUGGUUCUUCAAAUCUUGCAUCUCUACUGGUUCUAUCUUAUCCUCGAUAUGGCGUACAGGCUGCUGAAAGGCAAGAACGUCACUGACAGCCGCUCAGAUGAGGAGUUCUCCGUCGAUGAAAGUGACAACGACAAUCAGAACCUCUCCGACAAAAAAGGCAAGUAA